AUGGGUCGCUCCCGAUUUUCAACUUCACACUCCACUCGCGAAGCCCCAAAAUACACAACCAUUGACAUCCAAUCAUCCGCUGGCGCCAUUGCAAGUUCAGCUCUCUUGAGAGGCGCCAGGAGAGGGGGAGCUGCCAAUGGAGAUGUUGCUGUCUUGCAGAUGUGUGCUUCGCUUGUUCACUCAGGCCUAAAGCUGAAGUUACGGAAAUGGGCAAAGAUCAGCACUUUAACAUGCUUCGCGCUGAAAAGAGCAACCAAGAAUGACGUUAUUCAAAUCCAGGACACGAGCGGUAUGCAGCAAGAGUUACCACUUGUUCACGCAUCUUCAUGGAAAUCGAUGCAAUUGAUUACGGGUUCCACCAAACAGUUCCUGGUCGGGGAGCCGCCUCGCACUGGCUUGUGGCAGCGGGGACCAAAAGACGGCGAUCCCUGA